AUGUUUGCAUAUUCACCCGUUGAAACAGAAAAUAUUUUUUACAAUCCAAAAUAUUCCUUUAACAACAAAGGUGUUCCUUCCUUAAACACAAAUCAACCUUCUUCCUCUUCUUCAUGUAGCGCCAAUCAUCAUAUGUUAUCCUUAAUACCCGAUUUACAAGAAAGAGAGCAACAAAGAAAAAGUUUGGAAAAAUUUCAUGAAGCUUCCAUCAGACGUAUUCAAUUAAAGCAAGAAUUACAACGUCGUCACCAACUUUGUGCGGAAACUGAACGUUUACGCAGAGAGCAGACGGAGAAACAAAAUGCCUUAAAGAAGCUUCGUUCCGUUCAGAAUCGUCUGUCGGUAUUAAAGUCAAUCAACCUAAAAUUAGGCACACUUACAUUUGAUUUAAUUAAUAAAAACAAAGUGUUGCCAACUUCUGCAAAUAAUAAAGCAUUUUUAAUUUAUAAAGAAUCCAUAUUAAAAGUUCUUGAUCAAUUAGAUAAUGAAUUCACUGAUGAAUUCUAUCUAAUCCGAGAACGUAAGCAAUUUAUUAACAACGUUGCAAAAAACAUGCUACAAGAGUUAGAUCGUGAACGUGAUUCACAGUACGAGACUUUUGUUGGAAAAAAGGAAAUCUUUAUUUCUUAA